UCCCAUAUUUGUUCUAUCAUGUCUCAUACCCUAAAACCCUAAACCAAACAAACAUUGCAAUAUACUUUCAUUCCUUUCCUCUUAUCUUACUAACAACUAUCAUAAUUUCUAAUCUCGUAAAAAACAAUUUCAACAAAAGAAGAGAUGUCCUCUGGAACACAACCACCAUCGCUGCCACUCACCACCCCCGUCGAUCCACCAACCCCAGCAGUUGAAUCGCUAUCUCCGGAGAUCUUGCGUGAAGGCUUGGUUGCUUUCCGGGAAAUUAAAAAAGGUCAGUACCUCCAUGCAUUGCUUAGAAUCCGACAGUCUAUGUCUAAUUAUAAAGAUUCACCACAUCUUCACGCUAUUGAUGCACUCAACCGCAAGCUUGCUGCUGAAAAACUAGUAGAUGAUUUUAAUAUGAAACUCAAGCAAUUAAAUAGGGCGGUUCAAUCGGCCAAAUUUGCCAUGGAUAUGUUGCCGAACUCUCUUUAUUUUGCUUUGCUGUCUAUUGAUGCACUGUAUCAGACGGCAGAGGUGACACAAGAAGGAUGGGAUACUGUGAUUAGACAAUGCAAGUGUGCCCUACUUAUCGAAAAUUCCACUGAUCCAGGAGUUGAUAGGUUUCUUGGAGAGGAUGAAAUGCAGAAUUCAAGUAAGGAAGCAAGAAUUGAGAAUACUGAGAGACAAAUUAGAUUGUAUUUACAUGCUUGCCAGCAUCUAAUUAAGGCUGAUGCGGCAAAAAUGGAGGUGAGGAUGGAACGUAUGAAAGCCAUUGUUGGGGACUGGAUUCUCAAGAAACAGAGAGCGAGUCAAUUUAGUGUAUUGAAAGAGAAGGGAAAAGAUGAUGAAGAAGAAAAUAAGUGUAAGGAUUUAUGGAGCCAUUCAUUGACUGAGAAGAAGAAAAAGGAAAUUAGAUCGGUGAACCUAAAAGAUCUUGAAAUGUACUUUAAUUCGUUAGAUGGUGAUGUGGCCCGAGAGCUUUUAGAAGCCAUAAGCUGGGCUAAGGAAUACAAGAUUUGGAAAUAUUGGGAGUGUUUUUGUGGUAAGAAGUUCGAGGACUGUAAUUUGUACAAGGACCAUUUCAGGAAAACACAUGGACCGAUUCUUAUGUUUUUGAAGGAGGAAAUAUAUGUUUGUAACAAAUGGAUUACGGAAUAUUUGAAAGGUGAGUGGAGACCUCUGGAUUCUGAUAUGGCAACACCAUGUAUAUUCAGUCAAUGGAAAUCAGCCUCUGAAAUUGUUUGUAACAAUGAGCUGGCUGAUUCGGAUGAUUUAGUUGAAAAGGGAAGCUACUUGGAUUGCUAUUUAAGUGAUGAUCUGGACUUAAAAAUCAAAGAGAGAGUUGUUUUUAAUACACACUUUUCAGGUCUCCUUGUGGAUCUACGUUCAUGGGGAAGAGAGUUUAAUGUUGCUACUGACAUUGAUGCCACUGCAGAUAAUGCUUCUGCCACACCAUUUUCGCUCAAUAUUGGUCAAAAGGUUAUAUCUCCUGAAAGUGAUGAUUUCAUAUCAUGGUUAUAUGGGAGUGUGAUUGGGGAGGAUUUCAAGUCAUGGGAAUGUCUAAGAGACUCUCAAAGAAAAAAAGCAAAAGAAGUCUAUCAAAUACUUGAAAAGGAGUGUUUACAUUUGAAAAAAACAUGUAGAGAUGAUGAAAUAUCCAAAAUGCAGCGCAAAAUUAAAGCAAUUCAGGUUGUUGACAGAUAUGUUGAAGAGAAUGAAAAUGGGGGAAAAAGUCCAAAACAGGAAGAAGAAGAUUGUGUCACUUUUUUGAGGAAGAGGCAUGAAGACCUACAAGGAAAAGAAGAUAUUGAUAGUUUAAUCGAGUCAGAAGUUAUAUCUGAUGUUUUGAAAGAACAAUCAGCUCUCGCUCAAGCAGGUCCAAGUUCGAAUCAGUCUGGAUUUGGAGAAUGCAGUAUAGAUUAUGAAGUGAAAUCGCAGGAGGGGUUCCCGAUUCAAAUGUACAAUAACAUAAGAUUAGCAUUAGAGAUUGUGCGUCAACAGAUGGUUAUUAAGAAUGCAAUAAUCUUGCAGAGUGCAGGUUACAUACUAUGUUCCCUUUUCUAA